AUGGUUGCCUUCGGCCUCCGAUUCUGUUCUACCACUGCGCAUGCUCAGUGCAUCACUACGGAAGAAAAAGGAAAAUGUCUCUAACGAGCUUUUUACCGGCGCCUACCCAGCUGUCGCAGGACCAGCUGGAGGCAGAGGAGAGGAUUCGGGCCCAGAAGUCCUACUCCACCGCCUUGGUUUCGUCCCGUAGAGACCCCCCUCCUUACGGACACAGAAAAGGCUGGGUGCCUCGAUCACUUGAGGACUUCGGAGAUGGAGGAGCUUUCCCAGAAAUCCAUGUGGCCCAGUUUCCCCUGGAGAUGGGUCGGAAGAAGCGGACGUCCAAUGCCCUGGCAGUGCAAGUGGAUGCUGAAGGAAAAAUCAAAUAUGACGCCAUUGCCAGACAAGGACAGGGAAAAGAUAAGGUGGUCUUCAGCAAGUAUACCGACCUGCUUCCUAAGGAAGUCUUGAAUGAAGAUACUCCAGAACUACAGAAGCCCGAUGAGGAAGCAGUACAAGAGCUGACAGAGAAGACACGUGCUGCCCUGGACAAACAGGUGUCUCAGAAGAUCGCCGCAGCUAUGCCUGUAAGAGCUGCAGACAAACAAGCUCCUGCACAGUACAUCAGAUACACACCAUCCCAGCAGGGAGUGGCUUUUAAUUCAGGCGCCAAACAGAGGGUCAUUCGCAUGGUGGAAAUGCAGAAGGACCCCAUGGAACCUCCACGUUUUAAAAUCAACAAAAAGAUUCCUCGAGGACCUCCUUCUCCUCCUGCUCCCGUCAUGCAUUCUCCAAGCAGAAAGAUGACAGUCAAGGAGCAGCAAGAAUGGAAGAUUCCUCCAUGCAUAUCCAACUGGAAGAACGCAAAGGGCUACACCAUCCCCCUUGACAAACGUCUGGCUGCUGAUGGGAGGGGUCUCCAAACUGUUCACAUUAAUGAAAACUUUGCCAAGCUGGCCGAGGCCCUGUACAUCGCUGACAGAAAGGCCAGAGAGGCCGUGGAGAUGCGAGCCCAGGUGGAGAAGAAGAUGGCGCAGAAGGAGAAGGAAAAGAAGGAGGAGAAACUGAGGGAGCUGGCUCAAAUGGCCCGAGACCGCAGGGCAGGGAUCAAAAGUCACGGAGACAAGGGUGGCGAGGACGGCGAGGUCAGGGAGCGUGACGAGAUCCGCCACGACAGACGGAAAGAGAGACAGCACGACAGGAACAUUUCCAGGGCUGCUCCUGAUAAGAGGUCGAAGCUGCAGAGAGAUGGCGAGAGGGACAUCAGUGAGCUCAUUGCUCUGGGGAAGCCCAACCCUCGCACCACCAGCGAGGCUCAGUACGACCAGCGACUCUUCAAUCAGAGCAAGGGUCUGGAUAGUGGUUUCAGCGCUGGUGACGAUGAGGGAUACACUGUGUACGACAAGGCAUGGGGCAGAGACAUGGCCACCGGCAUGUACAGGCCCAGCAAGGGCAUAGAUAAAGACCCCUAUGUGGACAACUUUGACACUCUCGUGCGCAGCGACAGGUUUGUCCCAGACAAAGGCUUCUCAGGUACUGACCACACACAGAGGCGGGAGGGUCCAGUCCAGUUUGAGGAGGAUCCCUUCGGUCUGGACAAGUUCUUGGAGCAGGCCAAGCAGCACGGCGGCUCUAAGAGGCCGUCCACAAGCAACCGUUCGAAGGACGACUACCACGACAAGAAACGCAGGAAGGAGUGAGAGCAGACGAGUCCAUGGAGGGCACCUGAUGGGACAGUGGAACAUGAGGUUGUUCUCACCUUCUCAAUGGUUGAGCUGUAUUAUAAUAUAAAGGUUUCUGUCAAAAAUGAUCUUUCAGGUUUUUGUAUUCUUUCGGUGUGAAAGAAGACAGAAAGAUUGUGUAAAAUUCUCCCUUUACCUCCUUUUUACUCAGUUGUCGUUUUCUUUAUUAAUCCAUGAUAAACAUUCAGUGUCUGGGUAAAUACGACAUCAUAGAUGUGCCAGAGCUGAUCUGUACAAGGCAGUCGGUGCCACCUAAAAUGGGGCCUGGCAAUAUUUUGUGAUAGUAAUGCCCUGAAGUACGUAGACCAUAGUUUGUGUGUGUGGUGUUUAUUUUUUUUUGUAUGUUUUUUUUUUUUUAUGCGUAAUAUUGAAAGAGUAAACCCAACAGAAACUCAGCAGGAACUAUUCAGUAUUUACCUUCUCUCAGUCGUAUCUUUCCUGUCCCCCCUUUUUAUUUCUAUUUUUUAUUUUUUUUCAGCCAUGUUUUAUUUAAGCCCAUCGUGUAUUUGUGAGCACAGUCCAUGUUUGAGGCUUUGAUAUGUACAGCAGUAUAAACUUAUCUAGAAAAUGUAAAGCAAACCAGCGUAUAAUUCUUGUACAUUGCUACCAGCUGAAUAAAUUUCAUAAAAUGUG